CCUAAAACCCAUUUUAGCUCCAGUUCUACCUCAUCCACCAAACAGUCCGUGUCUGACUAAUUAUCCAGCAAACUCUACAAACUUGUUUUAAAAACUAGGACAAAUUCCAUCAUGUCCCGAUACCUCCUGCUCCUUUCGCUUUUCGCAACAUCCCUCUCCCUUAUCACAACAUCCCUCGCCCAAGAUAACUGCCCAACUUUACAAUUACAUUCGAACUGCACGAAUCGAACUAACGUGAAGGAAUUCGAUAAAGCUUACGACAAUUCACCCACGAAACUUACCACCUCGCCGACAGUCGUCACGUUAACGGCGAAUGCAAAACUUGUCGCCAUUUCCGACGCUCCGGAACCCAAGGUGUCGAUCAAUUUUGACAUCUGGCAGUCAUGGAACGAUGUGAGACUCGCUUUUCAUGAAGCGUCGAGUUUAGGUUGCAACAAGUCCUCGAUCCGUAAGGAUGUCAUUUACCCACCCCUCUCCAUUUGGGUCCCUUCAAUGCUUACCGGCUUUUACAAUAUUGGAGACCAACAAAUCCUGAUCGGUUCAAAUGGGGACGUGUUUCGCCAAGUCUUGGCCGGGAUUGAUGCACCUCUGAGAAAACUUGGUAACAAUAAAUUCAACACGAACGUACUCUUCAGCCCUAAAGAGUUGGAGGAUGACGUCGUUUAUCAGUGGAGCCCUAAACCGGUCACCGUUUCUGACAACAAAAUUCGUGGGUGUGGCAUUGUGGGUGUGCCAACGACGUGUCCAACAUCAGAAGAGACGGAGGGGGGCGACGAUAUCAGAAAGAGCUGCAUUCGUGUCAUGAUCGACAUUUCGUGUGAUUAUUGAGGUUUAGAUAAGAGAAAAUACAUAUUUACAUAUUUAAGUAUGUCUUUAAUAGUAUCAACUAGAUUUUUAGCAAGAAUUUUACUACAUAUUUACAUAUUUAAGUAUGUAUUCAUUAAUCCUUCAUAAAUAGAUUGCAUAAUACAUACUUGAUAAAAUGCAAGCGAAAUAUGUAUCUGACUAGGCUUAAAUUUGAACAAUUAGUGCUUUGAUUUUACUUAUGUCUGACUUGUUAUCUAUGUACUUAUUGACAUAUGUAAAAUUUCUUCAAUAACUCAUGGCUAAUAAAUUAAUUAAUGUUCCUUA